AUGAAAAAUAGGUCAGCUGAUUGUAACAGUUAUGGCAAAGCCAAUUGGUCCAGAGAAAACAAGCCAUGUUUGAAAAAUAGGUCAACAGAUUGUAACAAUUAUGGCAAUUCCAGUUGGUCCAGAGAAAACAAGCCAUACAUGAAAAAUAGGUCAGCAGAUAAUAACAGUUAUAGCAAUUCUAAUCAUCAUAGCAAUUCUAAUCAUCAGAAACAUAACAGAUUCACUCCUUUACGCCAUGAUUUUAAAUUCAAUAAAAAUAAUGAGCAAUCCACACAUUCCAACAAAAUGGAUAAAUCAAACAACAGUCAAAAAGUUGUUACAAGAUGCAAAAAAACUCUGCCCCUGGUGCAUCAACAUUGUCAGGAGAGUCAGAAAUACUUGACACCAAAUUCUAAAGAUAAAGUUAUCGAUGGCAGUUCUAAAAUAAUAAUCACACAAAAAAUGCAGGAUCAAGGAGUUUCAGAUGGAGCUUUGUCUGAAGAGGUACUAGAUAAGACAGUGAAAAGUUCUAGAGAUUGUGAGCUGGUUUCUAAUGAUGGGUGCAAGAACAUAGCUAAACACCGGG